UGCGCGUGCUCCUCCGAGCAUGUGUAGAUCUUCUGUGCGCCCUUGGAGAUCCACGGCACGGCGUGCGUGAGCUGGUCGUAGCCCUUGCCGCACACGGGGCACUUGAUGUCGGUCGCGUCCUGGUAGAUCUCGUCCGUGGUGAUGUCGGCCUCCUCGGGGGAGCCCAGGUUGGCCGCCUGUCCGUCGAAACACCCAACACAACGUCAGAUAAUGGCACCAUGGAGGGAUAGAUAGAUAUUAUUCAUGCAGGCACGCACCGGGUCGUUCUGCAGCGAGUCGAUGUGGCCGGCCAUCUCGCACGCGUAGACGUACUGGUCGCCGAGGAUGGUGGCGUUGAUGUUGGCCUUGACGUCCAUGUUGCACAGCGGGCACGUCGUCUUGCGCAGGUUUUGGCCGGCGUCCGCGCCCAGCAGCAGCAGCGCCGUCAGCACCAGCACCAGCAGCGACUGAGCUCCCAUGGUGAGAGAAAUGGUAAAAAUGAGGCUGGGACCCGAAAUAUGCGUCCAGAGCCGGGAUUUAGCCACGCCCGAACCAGAUGCCGGGCUGAGCGCAGAGGAUCAAGUGCGGUGGUGUUCGAUGGAAGCGCUGGCAGCUAGCUACUCUGCUUCCUAGCGAAUACUAUCCUAUACGCUGCAGCUCGAUGGCAGCGACGGAAAUGAACGGCGGGCCUUGCACUGCAGGAAGCGUGAGCCGCCAUCAGCUGCGUCGGUGCAACACGGAACGCCGCCCUCUCUCAUGCAAUUAUCGAAUGCGUCCUGUUGAUGUGGUGGACUCUUGCUCACCAACGAGUUCACUCUGCUUCAUGGUGCUCAUGCUCUUCACUAUGGCCGCCAGCACCUUCGGUUGCUGGUAUUACAGCGGGUGUAUGGGGCUUCCGACAUGCAUCCAUCGCCGCAUUCCGCGCUCAGAUUUCACGGAGUCAUUUUGGAUGGGCUUCAAAUUCGCGGCUUCUAGUCCGGAUAUCUAGGAAUUUGUAUGGAACACUUGCCGCCCGUCUCUGCAAUCAUCAAAUUUACGCAGUACAGACUACAGAUUGCCCGCAGGCUCAGCUCAGUCUUCAUCUCGCCACCUUCCAGCCGGGAUGCCCCUGCGAGCGCGUCUUUCCGCCGCCGCCGCGCUGCUGCUGGCGGCGGCGACGGCAUCGACGGCCAGCGCGCACCUGCACCACAACCACCACCACGAGCUGCACCAGCUGCACGACAUGCACGCGAUGCAGGCGCACCGCGACCUGGCGGCGUCGGGCGCGAGCACCACCGACUACACGUGCCCCGUGUGCGGGAUGAGCACGCUUGGCAGCGGCUACAACAACGAGAACUACGUGACCUUGCAGCACGGCCAGACGAUCUUCUCCUGCGGCAUGGCGGCGCGCGCCUUCGACGCGUACGACUUCGACGUGACGGACACGGCGUACCUGGCCGCCAACAUGGCCGAGUUCAUCGUCAACCAGACGGACGCCAGCACGUUCGCCAAGUGCGAGAGCACGUGCACCGAGUGCGCGGACGGCCUCAGCGACCCCGUGUCGGGGGACGCCGUCACCACCGACAACUUCGUCUACGUGUGUCUGAACAACGGCCAGAAGAUCUACUUCGCGUCGCAGGACAACAAGAACACGUACCUGGCCAGCGUCAACUCGGAGCCGCGCUACUUGGUGGACAGCGUCAUCUGCUCGGGGGCCACGUGCUCCGACGCCACCAACAUCACGACGCUCAGCCCCGCGGCCCAGAGCUUCGUGGCUGACUACUCCUCCGCGAGUGCCAGCGACACCCCUUCAACGUCGUCGAGCAGCACUGCCACCGAGUCGGACUCGUCCUCGACCAGCUCGGGCUUCUGCACGGGACAGGGGUCUGUCAUGUUCAACGGCUUCCAGUCGUCCAUCCACGGCUCGUGCGUCAUGCUGCUCUUCCAGCCCUGGGUGCUCAACAGCGGCCUCAAGUACGCGUUCGGCUUCAUCGGGUGCUUCCUCAUCGCGCUGCUAAAUGAAUCGCUGGUCAAGGGGCGUGAGGUGGUGCGCCAGCGGCUGCUGGUGGCACGCAAGCUCCGGCCGCAAGACAAGAUCCACAAGAUGCAGUGCAAGCUGACGCUCGCUGUUCUGUACAUGAUUCAGAUGACCAUUGCGUACUUUGCCAUGCUUGUAGUCAUGACGUAUGAGACCGGUCUGUUUGUGGCGCUGAUCUGCGGCUUUGGUGCCGGUUUCCUGCUCUUCAAGAACCUCGACCAGGACAUCACGGAGGAGCGCGGAUCGUGGCGCUUCACCGACCCGUCCACCGUUCGGAUCCAAGUCCAGGGCAUGUCGUGCAUGAAGAACUGCGGGACGACGGUGGAGAACGCGCUCAAGAACACGCCUGGCGUGACCGAUGUAGUGGUGGAGUUUGACGAGCGGGCCGCGUACAUCUCCGGCUCGGCGCCGUACAGCGACCUGGUGGCCGCUAUCGAAGCUGUCGGCUUCACGGCCGAGGUGAGCAACCAGACCGGACGCAACAGCGCCUCCCCUCGCGCGUAAGGACAUUAUGCAUUAGUAUUCCCCCUACAACCUCGCUGCUCAUAAGAAAACGGCACAAUUCUCACGGUUCGGUUGAAUGUUUUGUUUGAACACAUUGGCUGUAGUGAAUGCCGCAAGGACGUUUGAGGACAUCCUGCAUAGGGUCUGGACAGGUAAGGAAUCCUGACAAAGGAUGACGGCAAAGGCUGGCCUGCGAAGUAAUUUACGCCAAGUACUGCUGGCCAUCGGCUGGCAGAAGUAAGGCAAGGAGGAAUCCUUGCACACAAUUUUGAUCUCGAUAUCGUACGUCUUGAAAAAUAUUCGGUCCAUGCGGGAUGCAACUCGAAGAUGUUGUCGCCGUAAUUGUUGACAGCACCUCAACAACGCAACAAAUUGUCGUCACUCCACUCCACCGCGACCGCCACGUUCACUGCUUGGUGAACGGCUCCUGGAAAGUCUCGAGUAGUUGCCGAACCUUCUUGGCGCCCACACCUGGGCAGAGCGACAAUUCCUCCAUGGAGGCGUUCAUCAGCCCCUUCACCGUCCCAAACGUAGACAGCAGCGUCACCACGUCAGUCUUGUUCACCGACCGGAUCGACGUGAGCACGUCGUUGGCCUUGGGCAAGAACUCGGCCUCGACUUUCUCCUUGAUAAUAGUCGCCGACUUGUUCUCAUAGGCUUUGAAUGUCUCCAGAUACCGCGCAGCCUCCAGCCAGCUCCACGCGAGUACAAGAGUGAAAUCGCUCAACAGAGCAACGCGGUUGAUCUCGCGCAGUGCCACUUCAUUGUCAUCCACGUCCACGAAGCACAAGACAAGUUUGGUCUUGUAGCGCGUGGGGUCGUCCUUCCGCACGUUCUGCACUCGCUCGUCCAGGUACGUAUUGUGCAGCAGGUGGUACCGCACACUCAAGAACAACACACAGCACGAUCCAUUCUCACCCAUGACGUAGUCCGGGAUCAGUCCGUCGCGGAACUCGAGCCCCACGUUGCGCACGGACUUGAGCAUCGGGUUGCCCUUCUGUCUCCGAUUCACAUA